GUGCACAGACAUGAAAGAUUUGUGUUUGUGUACGAGAAGCAUAGUGGAAUAGUAGCUAACUGGUCUCAAAGUAGGCAAGACGAGCGUUUGAAUCUCUGCCCCUCAUCUCCACCCCCAUCCCACCCCCCCGGGUUGUGUGAACUCUCCGUGCUCCGCUCUAGGUAGCCCCUUGGGUCUGUGCGUGACUGAGCCGCUGCUGGGUGAUCUACGCUGCUCGAGGGGGUUUCCUCAUUGGGAAUUUCCAGUGCCAAUGAAAUCCAAGGUCUAGUUCCAUUCCACACAUGUGCGUGUGUAAACCAGCGUGCCUGUCUUCACACCACGGGUGGCAGCAUCUGCCUGCGUGCCACCCCCUUCGAAGAGAUCCGUUAGCCCCCAGGGGCUACGCGGCCUCCAGAACCGUUAGUAGACCAACCGUAGGAAGCCUUCCUCCAAAGCUGAUAAUCUCCAGCGGCCUCGAGGCCGCCCUGCCCCCUCCCUCAGCCGCGCUCCAAUUCCCUUCGGACAAAUUUCCCUACGGACCGCGCAAGCAAACUGGCGUAUUCCUACGGACGCCCAAUGGGAACGCGGGAGCCGCCAUCUUUCCUUACGGACGUAGCUCCGACCAAUGGAAAUGGCGGGCGCUGCCAUGUCCCGUUACGGAAGGGGCGCCCCGCCUAUCGCCUCUCCCUCCCUUCGGCAGUCGAGGGCCUCUAGAGCCCCGACCCAAUAGGACGCGGGGGCGGCCAAGACGUGACGUCACGCCGGCCCCGCCCUCGGCCUGCCUGCCUGCCUUCGGGCGGGCGCCGCCAUGUUGCGGGGUCCUCGCUCCGGGCGUGUAGGUGUCUCCAUAAGAUGCCGGCUGAGCGCUUCCCCCCUCUUUUCUCCCCCAAGAUGGCGUCCAUGCGGGAGAGCGACACCGGCCUGUGGCUGCACAACAAGUUGGGGGCUACUGACGAACUGUGGGCGCCACCGAGCAUCGCGUCGCUGCUCACGGCCACGGUCAUCGACAACAUCCGCCUCUGCUUCCACAACCUCUCGUCCGCUGUGAAGCUGAAGCUGCUACUCGGGACCCUGCAUCUCCCGCGACGCGCUGUGGACGAGAUGAAAGGAGCAUUGACUGAAAUUAUCCAGCUUGCAACCUUGGAUUCAGACCCUUGGGUCUUAAUGGUAGCUGAUAUUUUAAAAUCCUUUCCAGAUACCGGGUCACUUAACCUUGAUCUUGAAGAACAGAAUCCCAACGUUCAGGAUAUUUUAGGAGAACUUAGAGAAAAAGUUAGCGAGUGUGAAGCAUCUGCUAUGUUGCCUUUGGAAUGUCAGUACUUAAACAAAAACGCCUUGACCACACUUGCUGGACCACUCACACCCCCUGUGAAGCAUUUUCAGUUGAAAAGAAAACCGAAAAGUGCCACUUUGAGAGCUGAGCUCUUACAGAAAUCCACAGAGACUGCUCAGCAACUCAGGAAAACAUCUGGAGUACCUUUCCACGCCAAAGGAAGAGGACUGGUUAAAAAAAUUGAUACCACAACACCUCUGAAAGGCAUCCCAAAACAGGCUCCUUUCAGAAGCCCAACCACACCUAGUGUUUUUAGCCCUGCUGGAAACCGGACCCCAAUUCCCCCUUCUCGAACUCCUCUACGAAAAGAACGGGGAGUGAAGUUACUAGAUAUUUCAGAGCUGGAUAUGGUUGGUGCAGGCCGAGAGGCAAAAAGAAGAAGAAAGACUUUAGAUGCAGAAGUUGUGGAAAAGCAAGCCAAAGAAGAAACAGUUGUAGAAAAUGCUACUCCUGAUUAUGCUGCUGGCCUUGUCUCUACACAGAAACUUGGUUCUUUGAACAAUGAACCUGCACUACCUUCCACAAGCUACUUGCCUGCAACUCCUAGUGUAGUUCCAUCCUCAUCCUAUAUACCAAGCUCUGAAACACAGCCAGCUCCUUCAGCUCGAGAGACUUUGCAGACUAUCCGGCAGCCGGAGGAACCUGCAACCCCAAACACUACCCUUCCUGCUCAGUUCAAGCAGAGAACGCCCAUGUACAACAGCAAUGCCAACCCCACUACUGCAGCUGCUGCUCCACCUACCUCACCUCUGACCCCCACAACCCCUCCUGCCAUUGCCCCUGUUGCACAGACACCUCCUGUGGUGCCACAGACCCAACCAGCCCCACAGCAACAACCCAAGAAGGGUCUAUCUCUCACGAGAGAGCAGAUGUGUGCUGCACAGGAAAUGUUCAAGACGGCAAACAAGGUGACCAGGCCCGAGAAAGCACUCAUUCUUGGCUUCAUGGCUGGAUCCAGGGAGAACCCUUGCCAAGAGCAGGGCGACAUCAUUCAGAUCAAGCUCAGCGAGCACACAGAAGUUCUUGACAAAGCUGAUGGCACGGGAAGCACCACUAUGUUAGUUGACACGGUCUUUGAAAUGAACUAUGCCACUGGCCAGUGGACCAGGCUCAAGAAGUAUAAGCCCAUCACCAAUGUUUCCUAGAGGACCCAGGACCAGACCGCAAGGACCAAGCCACAUACGGGCAGCCAUCUCUGCUGAUCAGAAAGCGGAGGCGGCCCUUGACCCAGGACAUCCACACUCGGUUUCCUGUUCUCCUCCAGGCUGUGUAACUAUUUCCAGCCCCCCUUGGGAGUGUGCUCUGAGUAAUUGCUGCACAGACCGAGGCCUGCUAGACUGGUGGGGUUUCCAAAAUGGGUAAAAUGGGUUGAGUGUGCCGCGUCCAAGUCCUUCCUCUGAGAGCUCCAUUCCGAACUUGGGGGGGAAGAUGACUUAGGAGAUUGCUUGUAGCUUUUCUCUUAAGCCAAGACGAUAAAUUCCCUGAAGAGUUGUAUGACCUUGUGCUAAGCUCAUUUUGCUAGGAAAACGAUGGCACGUGGGGAAUCCUGUGCAGUGUGAAUGUAUUAGUAUCAAUGCACUGUAAAGUAGGGACUCCCAGAAGGAGCAUUAAUCUCUCUUAGCAUAGAUGAGCACUGAAAACCCCAUUUACCCCUUAGUAUUGGGACAUCGGAUAUUGCCAAAACUAACCCUCUCGUUUUGCUUGCAGCUACCUGACUGGCCCUUUGCCCUGCUACCAGUCUGGCUGGGUGUCAGUGGCAUCUGCCCAGGGCUUUGAGCAGGCCAAGAUGGGUGGUCAGGUGGUUGUCAGACGCAUCUGUAGACAGGCAUCCUUGCACCCUACCACGCCUGGGGAUUGUGGGAAAGAGGGGAGGAUGCCUAGGGGAGCACACCAAGCCCUGUCUCCUGUCCUAGUUGCUAGGACUUAGGGUCGGGUCCAAUGAUCUGUGCACAUGCCGAGGAAGAGUGCUCUGGGAUGGGGGAUGGCAUUAAUUUGUGUGGAACACAGGGUCCCAGCAAGUCUUGGACAAGACCCCAAGAGGGGACGUGAGAGGUUCGGGUUAGAGUCUCUGGCCACUUAAGCGUCCCUUGCUUGCUGUGUAAAGCCUUAAGAACUAUUCAAAGUCUUUAAACCUUUGGGCGCAUACACAGUGGCCAAGGCCUUCACCGCUGGUUUCUUCAAUCACAUGGAGAGAGGCAGCACUUUGAUUUAAACCGAGACUAGCUUUUCCUUUUUGGUUUAAGCCUGGAACAAUCAAGAUCUUUAGUUUGGAGGGGGAAGAGUGGAGCAAUAAUUUCAGAGGGGCAAAGCUACAUUUUUAUUCUGAAGGUGAAUGUUUACAUGUGCAGAGCUGGUAUUAGCAGCGCAAGGAUCGCGCCCCAGCUGAGGGGGGCUUCUGUGACUGGUGCUUCUUGGUGGGUAAUUCUCAGAGUCCCCCUGUAUUAUAGACCACUCCUACUUGUGCAUUGUGGAGGUACAGCCUGCGGGAAUAUUCGGAGGAAAUCCUCUGGAAUGGUAUGGUUGGUUUUAGUUGUUCUUGGGGGGAGGGUGUGAAGGACACUUGGGGUUUUUUAGAUGUUUUGUUUUGUUUUUGGAUCUAAUGUUACAUUUUGCAAAGCUAAAUUUAACCAAAAAGAGUUAGUUUUUUCUUAAUUUUAGUGACUGAUAUUGCUGUUGGCCUUUUAUCCAACUUAAAUUUUUUAAAAGAGAAAUUCUGGUAAUUGUAACUGAGUUAUUUUUCUAUUUAGACCUAUUCAUGUGCUAGUAGAAAGUUAACUGCUUUGACCUGCAGGGGCUGGCUCCAAGCGUGGAACAUGGUAGUGAGACAGGUGGCCUUUGGAGCUGGAAGAGCUCAGACCAGACUGAGGUUGGACGGUGACCAAACAUGGCCCCUGCUCCUCCAGAGUUGAGGAGGUGUCCAUGGGACCUCUGGAUGGGCAAGGGGAGUAGAAUGCGGAGUAGAAGUAAUGAUUCUUCCCGAGUCUUGGGGCCAAAUUCAGUCAGUGGAGGAGCACAUAGGCCAGGGGAUGGUUGCAGCCCUCUGGGGAAGGGCUUCCACUUCCUAAGCUGAUAGUAUUUUCUGUGCGUAUGUAUUAAUAUUUUCUUGUAUUUCAGUAGAUAUUGAAAUAUGUGAUCCGAUUUAAAGAGUCAGCAGGAAUGGAUCCCCUUCCACCUUUACAAAACCUUUAAAGGCCUAUUGUUCUUGCUGCCCCUUAGCAAAAUAACUUGUUUUUUCAACUUUUCCAGUCCAGCAGAUACUUGGGGGGAGGGGGUAGUUUAGUUUUGGUACAGUUUCAUGAAGCAAAUAGCCAACAGCGGUCCAUCUAUUUUUGGAGUAAUUCUACUAGGAAGUUGCUAAACAUGGGAGAUCCUCCAUCCCUUGGUUGGGUCAGUCCAUACCACAUGAAGGGGCCAUCACAGCGUCAGACAAUUCAGAAGAAAGCAACAUGUGUUUCCUGCAUUUGACUGUCUAGGGAAUAGGAGUAUUUGCUGUUUCAUGAGGAAAUGCUCUCAUUUUGAGAUUUGUGUUUGCUUUGGCGUGCUGCUGCCCAACCCAGGGUAGUGUGACAGGGUCCCCAGAGCCAGAGGGGGCAGCACUUUUCCUGGAGCCAUAAAUGAGAAAAUUCCUUUUCCAUCCUCUCCCUUGAAUAACAAAACUGUUCCUCAGCCUGAAUCAUGUGAAAUACAGACAGCUUCUCUGGCUGGACCAAACAUCGGGGGCCACCGAGGUUUGGCAGCCCUCAAGGCUGAGAAACAUUUUCAUAGCAAGAUUUGACUGGUGAGAGUUCAGACAGCAGCCAGCCAGACUGCCCCCAUCCCAUGAAUCUGGUGCCUUUGAUUAUUAAAAAAGAAAAAGUCAUUUUGUAAAACGUUUCAUCUCCAGCAGAGCCCCUUAUGUUUUCUAUUCCUUGGUUUUUGUACAGUUGUAAAAAUAUUAUAGAUCUUCUGUCUCUGGGUACGUAUUUUCAGUGUAAUAACAGUGUAAAAUAAAAGUUUAGAUUUUCUAAGAAA